CAGUAUUAUUACAGAACCUAAAAAUAGUUUCUACAAAGCAACUCCAACAAUUUAUCAAGUUUAAACAAACAAACAAACAGUUUUUUUGUAUAUUUCACUAUUUAUAUCGCCGGUAAUCAUAUAUUUUCUGUAAAAACCAAGUGUUGUGUGUUGUUUUAAAAAUUUAAAACAUUAAAAUGAUUAUGGAAUCAAAAACUACAAGUAAAACUAGCUGCCUGAAAGCGUUACUUCUAAGAGCCUGGCGAGAACGUUGGUCGGAUGUUCAAUGGGGCAUCAACAUAAAAACUGUCCUACCAAGAGGAGUCUCUGGAGAUGUCUACAACCUCGCAGAUUGUAUCCUGCAACAAGCAGUGGUUGGUUCUGGUGCAAAUCAACUUGUCCUCAGCUAUCUUAAACACUCUCUCAGUGCUCAACUUGUAUCACAUGCAGCUGUCUUAUCCAGGGUUGCAAAAUUCUCUCAAUUCCACAAAACCCAUUGUGUCAGCUCCUUACUGGACUUCCUAGAAGGUAUGCUUCCUGGUAUAACUUGCUGUGGCAAGUCUGAAGAGACAAAACUAGCAGGAAGUGUCCUUGCAACUACUAUUUGGCUAUUAGAAGUAGUUCAAAACGUCCCAGAGCUGGCUAAGAAGUCUGUCAGCAUCAUGCAGUCACUGCUCUCUGACAAAUUCUACAUGGCAAUGAUGUGUUUGGCCAGGAGUAGUGAGAUUGAAGUGUUUGAUGAGAUGUGCAAGCUCAUCAAGGAAAUUGAAGCUGAGGGUUUGGCUGAAAUAGCUGCUGUGUUAGCAAGGAUUGACACCAAUGUGCUGGCACCUGUUGCAAGUGGUGAUCCUGGUCCUUGUUCAUUGAUCCAGGCAUGGUUAUCAAUACAAAUGUUGGCAAAUCCAGGCACACCAGUUGAAAUUAUUGCACAGAGAUUGAGACUGUUUCAAACACUUUUGGGGAUUAGUGAUGCAAGGAUGAGUAGUGAGUUAAUGAGGGGAAGUUUUCUUUGCUUAAAUGAUGUGAGCAAUACUCAGCAUGAAAGUCAAUGGGGGGCAUUUACAUUUAUUAAAGUUCCAAAUGUUCUUGCACACAUGAAUCUACAUGAUAGUAUUCUGUCUGGAUUGGAGAUGUUACUUCAACAUUCACCUCUUCUAGAUUACAUGGACACCCAGUAUUCAUGUUCCAGUUUUGAAUGUCUAUUAACAGAGCUUCUAAAACUUAAAUUAAUAACUGAUCAACAAUCACAAAUGUUAUUAAAUCGUCGGCAACCAAUUGCACUACCAAAAGUUGAUGGAACACCAGGAAUCCCAAAAGUAAUUAUUUGCGCAGAACCUACUUUAACUGGUAUUUUAAAGACUCUCUCAACUGAUUAUCACAAAAUGCAAGACGCUUUAUUGGGCAUGCUACAUCAGAUUCUUGCGGGUAAAAGUUUUGAACUUAUUCUCGCGGUUGCCACCGUCCAAGGACAACUGAAAACAUUCGUUCAACGUUUGAUACGUUUCAAUGAAUACCUAAAAGUAUCCUCAGAUAAAUCGAAAAGUCAAUUGUUUGAUAUUUCCUUCUUAAUGCUUGUCGCAAUUGUUCAAAUGUAUGGUGCAGAAGUUGUCCUUGACACAAACGGCGAUUCUCUCUUUGAAAACUGGGUUUCCACUUGUAUGGUGGAAGCAAAACGACCAAAAGCACCAGGACAAUUGCUAAAACGUUGUAAUCCAGCGACUGUAGAGCAAUUAAUUCGACAAUUCAACAGUGGAGACUCAGAACUUGUUAAUUCAAGUUGGCAUGAUGUACUUUUUAACAUGUCCGGUGUCAUGAGAGAAGUAUUAAUUGCAUGGGAACAAGGUGUUCUUGCACCAUCAGAUGUUAAACGAAUCUUGGACGCAAUUCGUGGUAAAAUGUGUAGUUUACCACUGGCUGCAGCUGCCUGGCUAUGUGCUUACAUGCGCACAGCACAUAAAGACACCAUUUUGAAACCGGUAAACAUGGUACAACAACUUUUAACACCUCCUGAGGAUGGCGGUGAUGAACGGUGGCAGCUCACAUCGGAAAUAAUCCGUAAAAUGCAGCGGGACAUUCAAUUGCCAAUACCGCCAAAAAGUGGACAACAUUUGGUAUCAAAGCAACCCGCAAUGGAACAAUUGAACAACGCUUGGACAUCCGCUAUUGACCGUGGCUGGCUUGAUUGUACAUCUGCACGAAACAUUCAUUGUCUUUAUGAUACAGCAGGUUCACACUGGUUUGUCAACGCAAUUAUCCAGCAAUUAAUGAAGUUGCGCUACAAAGAUCAACUCGAACGCGGUACGGAGAUUGCCCUGGCUGCUUUUCAUGUAGAUAUAAGAAACUGUACGAUAGAUUUGUUAACGCAUUCUUUGCCACAAUUUUUAUACAAUUCUCUGCAAAGUGAGAAUUUAAUGGAGCCGCAGUUAUCUGCGCUGGCGAAGUUGGCUAGCUUUUCAGUGUACGCUGCCCUAGAUGAACCUCCAUGUGAUGAACCACCUGCGAAGAAACCGAAAAGCGUUGAUAGUGUGCUUGAUGCAUUGAAUAACUUAUUAUCUAGUUUUAGGUCGCACAUGCAGGACGGAAACAUCACGCAGCAAACUUAUUUUACGUUUCAUUUGUUGGAAACGUUGGUUGAUGUGCGUGCAACAACGACGAAUCGUGUUGUCUUGAGUGCGAUUUCUUCCAAGUUAGUAUCUGAAUUAUUACAUACUUUGCCCGAAAUGUUUGCGCCAAGUUUGAUUGUCAAGUUGCAUGAUUCCCAAACGGUUCAGGGAAGAGCUAACAUGGCUAAAGAUUUAUGUACGCUAAGAAAUUAUCAAUUAAGGCAUGUAAUUGCACCGUAAUUCCAUUUUUAAAUAAAUGGAUUCAAAUUCGUCAA